GGCGGCGCUGCGGCCGCGAGGGAGGGCAGCGGGAGCAGUGGGGCUGGGCGAGGAUCCCCGGGCCAGCCCAGCGGGCUCUGCCGUGGCGACGUUCCGGCCGAAACUUGGGACCCUGCGGGCGGCGUCGCAGGUUGAGGAAGUGAAGAGAAUAGGCAUAAAUGGUGGGAAAUUUCCAUCAACUUGGAAAACACAAUAGAAUAAAUAAUUCUUGGCCAUGAGGUGAGAGCCCAGAGAGUCACAAGGUCAAAGGAUCCUGUCCCAUUUGUCUGUGGUGACAGCCCCCCUCCCCCCAAAAAGGAACGCCUCACCCUUGAACAAUGCAAGUGUCCCUGGGAAGCUGAAAAGGUACAUGCAAAUGAUGAAAUAAAUCACAUCAUUUCAGAAAUUUCUGCUUGGCAGAUUAGCCAGACAAGAAGGGCCAAUCUAUCUACGUUCUGAGUGCCCUGUCUACAAGACCCUCAUAACAGAGCUGAGGCCCAAGUCCAGCGUGCCACCAUACCCCACCCCAGACAUUACUCUGGGGUCUGCCCGAGACCAUCAAUGUGAAGAUGACCAGUGCUUUCCUAGCAUGACUUCCUUGGACCAUGUGAUUGCUACCCACCAGUCAGAGUGGGUCUCCUUCAAUGAGGAGCCACUCUUUCCUGUUCCUUCUGAGGGGGGCACCGAAGAGCACCUCCCAGGACUGUCUUCUUACUCAGACCGGUCUGAGAGCUCCUCCGGGGAGAACCAUGUGGCACAUGGAGGCUCUCAGGAACUUUCCCACUCAGAGCAGGAUGACUCCUCUGAAAAGUUGGGCCUCAUCUCUGAAGCGGCGUCCCCUCCUGGGAGCCCCGAGCAGCCCCCACCUGACCUGGCCUCGGCCUUCAGCAACUGGGUUCAGUUUGAAGAUGACACACCCUGGUCCAGCACAUCACCACCUCAUAAGGAAACAAGGGAGACAGCCAUACCAUUGACCAUGCCCUGCUGGACGUGCCCUUCCUUCGACUCCUUGAGGAGAUGCCCUCUGACCUCUGAGAGCAGCUGGACCACACAUUCUGAAGACACCAGUAGUCCUAGUUUUGAUCCCUCAUACACCGACCUGCAGCUUAUCAAUGCGGAGGAACAGAUGAGUAGCAGGGCUUCUCAGGCUGACUCGACUGACGAGAGGACGGAGUGGCAGACAGGCAGGCAGACGGCGGUGAGUCCUGUUCAAGCAUGCACGGAGCAUACCUCUACCUGCACCCAAGUCCUGGACCCCUCACCACCCUUACCCCACCCCAGGAGGAGCCAGAGCCCCUGCGGGGGUCCGGAGGGGGCCUCUGCUCCCAAUGACAGUUCUUCCUCACUCCAGGAAGAUGAAGAGGUAGAGAUGGAGGCCGUCAGCUGUCCGGCCAGUAGUCCAGCCACGAAUGGACACCCUGCAACUCCAGUGACUUCUGCUCGUUUCCCCAGCUGGGUCACUUUUGAUGACAAUGAAGUCAGCUGCCCUUUGUCGCCAGUCACCUCUCCCCUGAAGCCAAACCCACCACCUACUGCAUCUGUGAUCCCAGAUGUACCUUAUCACUCAGAUGGGUCAUUUAAGAAGAGGGAGCGUCCCAAGAGCACAUUGAUGAACUUUUCCAAAGUUCAGAAGCUGGACAUUUCCUCCUUAAACCAUCCGCCUUCCAUAACCGAGGCUCCACCUUGGAGGGCAACCAAUCCUUUCCUGAAUGAGACUCUGCAGGAUGUACAGCCUUCCCCCAUCAACCCUUUCAUUGCUUUUUUUGAGGAGCAGGAGAGACGCUCCCAAAACAAUUCCAUUUCCAGUGCCACAGGCAAAAGCCAAAGAGAUUCUCUCAUUGUCAUCUACCAAGAUGCCAUCAGUUUUGAUGACUCAAGCAAAAACCAGUCACACUCUGAUGCCGUUGAAAAACUCAAACAACUCCAGAUUGAUGAUCCUGAUCACUUAAGCAGUGCGACACUACCAGAUGAUGACCCGAAAGCCUGGAUUGAACUAGAUGACCACCCACCUGGUUCAGGGCUGUCCCAGCCCAGGGAUGGAUGGCCAAUGAUGCUAAGGAUCCCUGAGAAGAAAAACAUCAUGUCAUCUAGGCACUGGGGACCCAUCUACAUCAAACUGACAGACAGUGGUUACUUGCAGCUGUAUUAUGAGCAGGGCCUAGAAAAGCCAUUCCGUGAGUUCAAGCUGGAGAUCUGCCAUGAAAUUUCAGAACCCCGGCUCCAAAACUAUGACGAGAAUGGCAGGAUCCACAGCUUGCGAAUAGACCGUGUCACCUACAAGGAGAAGAAGAAAUACCAGCCCAAACCUGCUGUGGCCCACACAGCAGAGAGGGAACAAGUGAUCAAGCUGGGCACCACCAAUUACGAUGACUUCCUCAGUUUCAUCCGAGCCGUUCAGGACCGGCUCAUGAAUCUGCCAGUGUUGUCAAUGGACUUAAGCACAGUGGGCUUGAACUACCUUGAAGAGGAGAUUACUGUGGAUGUCAGGGAUGAGUUCUCUGGCAUUGUGAGCAAGGGAGACAACCAGAUUCUCCAGCACCAUGUCCUGACACGGAUCCACAUUCUGAGUUUCCUCUCUGGGCUUGCAGAGUGCCGCUUGGGCCUCAAUGAUGUCCUUGUCAAAGGGAACGAAAUAGUUUCCCGGCAGGACAUCAUGCCGACCACCACCACAAAGUGGAUCAAGCUCCAUCAGUGCCAUUUUCAUGGGUGCGUGGAUGAGGAUGUAUUCAACAACUCACGGGUUAUUCUGUUCAACCCUUUGGACGCCUGCCGGUUUGAGCUAAUGCGGUUCAGGACAAUAUUUGCAGAAAAGACCUUGCCUUUCACACUCAGGACAGCAGCAAGCAUCAAUGGAGCAGAGGUGGAGGUGCAGAGCUGGCUGAGGAUGUCAACCGGCUUCUCCUCUAACCGAGACCCUCUCACCCAGGUUCCCUGUGAGAAUGUGAUGGUUCGUUACCCUGUGCCCAGUGAGUGGGUGAAAAACUUCCGCAGGGAAAGUGUCCUGGGGGAAAAGUCUCUAAAAGCUAAAGUGAACCGGGGGGCAAGUUUUGGUUCAACUAGUGUAUCUGGCUCUGAGCCUGUCAUGAGAGUAACUCUGGGAACUGCCAAGUACGAGCAUGCCUUCAACUCCAUUGUGUGGAGGAUAAACCGACUGCCUGACAAAAACUCGGCUUCUGGUCACCCACACUGUUUCUUCUGCCACCUUGAACUUGGCUCUGACCGGGAAGUGCCUUCCAGAUUUGCCAGUCACGUGAAUGUUGAGUUCAGCAUGCCCACAACUUCUGCCUCUAAAGCUGCCGUAAGAUCCAUCUCUGUGGAAGACAAGACUGAUGUCAGGAAGUGGGUCAAUUAUUCUGCACACUACAGUUACAAGGUGGAAAUUGAGCAAAAAAAGAGUUUGAAGCCAGACUUUGAAGGAGAUGAAAUGGAAAAUCCCAAGGAGUGUGGGGUCCAGUGACAAAGCCCUACUGCAGGGGGCAUGACCCAAGUUCUCAUGAAUAGCUGAAGUUCAAGUCAGUACCUACCAUGACUACUCCAUGUUGGGAACAGUAUUUUGGACCUUCCUUUUGUAGUUACCUGUAUUUUAACAGGGAACCUUGAGGUGGUUGCUUUGGAGAGACCCUGAUAUGCCUAAUGAUGCACCUAGUUCACCUGACUUUUGGGGCUUAUCGUCUAAUUAAGCCUCCUUUUCUUCACUCUGCUUAUCUCACAGCUGUUGGGUGUGGUUUGUUGUCACUGUUGGAGUCAGGAAGAGAACCUUCCACAUGAGUGUUGGCCCCAUUUCCUUCUGAUGUUCAUCUGUCACUUACAUGAUUUUCUAGAAAACACAGUCUUGAGAAAGUUCAUUCAGAAUCCACCUCUGUCACUCCCUCUAGAAAAAGGUUCAGAAGAGGUGAGGUACAAAACAAAUUUCCUCUUUGGGUCUACUAGGCUCUUUGUACAUGUCUCCAUUCUUUAAAUGUUAACACUAUGCAACAGAAGUUUUCAAGACGUUUCCCUCCCAGUUCUGGAUGGUUUUGAUUAAAACACUUUUUCCAUCUCUCUGUUCCCAGGGUUCACCACCCUGAGUCACAAUAAACAAUGGAAAAAAGGCACAAUAGGAUACUUUUUUAUUCUGUGAUUAGCCGCACAUUCUGCAAACGGUGGGUAUUGAAGGGAAAGCAAAACUGAGCUGAUUUUUCUUCAUUCUGGGGAAAAGGGCCAUUAAUUGUAACAUAAUAUUCAAUUCAGGAGACAACUUCAAUCUCAGAGAAUUCCCAAAUUCACACUGAAAAAUACAGGUCAUUUCUGUUUCUGAAACAAAUGGAUGGAGAUAUACAUAUAUACAUAUAUAUAUAUAUAUAUAUAUAUAUAUAUAUAUAUGUAUAUAUGUAUACAUAUACACAUAUAUAUACACACACCUAUAUAUAUAUAUAUAUACAUAUAUAUGUGUGUAUAUGUAUGUAUGUAUGUAUACCUCAGGCAUUUGUCAGGGCAUUUGGGAGCUCUUUUUAUACCUCAAGCCUAUAGACAGUUGCGUGUCUCUUUAAUUCAGACUUUUCAGGAAAUAUAAGUGGAAAAGAUAAUUUUAAAAGCUGUUUUAAACCAAGCUUUUAGUAUAUGAGCUCUCCCCCCAAAUUCAGAGUUUGAUAAUUACAAUAUUGUAACAGAUCUAAAAGGCGGAAGACUCUAGGGUAGAAAUGGGGGAAAGGCCUAUUUUUCUAAUGUUGGGAGCAUUAAAUCUGAUUCCAAGAGUCUGGGACACUCGAUCUUCUUUCCCUUCAUAUGUUCCUGCUUAUAUUCUGUACUUCUACUUCUUAUUUCUAUCUUGGUGCCUCCUUACCAUACAAGGAACUAUAUUGGCCAUCCCAAAGGGAAUACCUGCUCAGCAGCUUAAAGGCCGGUUCUAUCUGCCUUCUCCUCCUGUGAAGAAUAAAGUAAGGGGACAGAAAGCAUACCUGUAAGAUUUGUCAGAUGACACAGAGAAAUAAAUGAUAUAUCCAGUCUCAA